AUGGCGGUCAAGACCCUGCACACCGCGCUGCUGGCCGCCGAGACCUCCGACUCCGGGGCCGGCAUCGAGCUGGGCAUCGCCUCCUCCCCCACGCCGGGCUCCACCGCCUCCACGGGGGGCAAGGCGGACGACCCGAGCUGGUGCAAGACGCCCAGCGGGCACAUCAAGCGGCCCAUGAACGCCUUCAUGGUGUGGUCGCAGAUCGAGCGGCGGAAGAUCAUGGAGCAGUUCCCUGACAUGCACAACGCCGAGAUCUCCAAGCGCCUGGGCAAGCGCUGGAAGCUGCUCAAGGACAGCGACAAGAUCCCCUUCAUCCGGGAGGCGGAGCGGCUGCGCCUCAAGCACAUGGCGGACUACCCCGACUACAAGUACCGGCCCAGGAAGAAGGUGAACUCGGGCAACAGCUCCGCCAAGCCCGGCGACAAGGCGGACAAGGGCGGCGGGGGCGGCGCCGGCGGGGGCACCUCGGAUCACCGCAGCUACACCAGCCUGCGCGCCUCCUCCCCGGCCCCCUCGACGGCGCAUUCCUCCUCCGCGUCCUCCCACUCCUCCUCCUCUUCCUCCUCCGGCUCCUCUUCGUCGGACGACGAGUUUGAGGACGACCUCUUGGACCUGAAUCCCAGCCCCGGCUUUGAGAGCAUGUCCCUGGGCAGCUUCAGCUCCUCGGUGCUCGACCGGGACCUGGAUUUUAACUUCGAGCCCGGCUCGGGCUCGCACUUUGAGUUCCCGGACUACUGCACGCCGGAGGUAAGUGAGAUGAUCUCGGGGGACUGGCUGGAGUCCAGCAUUUCCAACCUGGUCUUCACUUACUGAGGCGAGAGCCGGGCCCUGCUGGAGGAGGCACAGACCCGCGUCGUCGGCAGGACUCGCCCACCCCGCCGGGGCGCUUUUGUUUCUUUUUUUUUCUGGGAAGGGGCUGGUGAGACUGCUUCUUGUGCUCGGGGAGAGAGGCGGCGGGGGAGGGGGCGCCCUCUCCUUGGAGAAAAGGCCAGCAGUCCCCUUCCUCCGGCUGGAGAUGGACCCGCACACACCCCCUCCGAGAGACGAGCCUGACGUUGCUUUUUCAGAGACUGGCGGGAGCGAAACGCUGUCUUCUUCCUUUUCCUUUUUAUUUCCUGAAAAGAGAGACAGCGAAGGGGGGGGGGGGGAACCACACACACCUCUGGGUUCUUUGUUACUGCCCACUUUAUACGAAUAAAGAGGAGGGGGAGCGAUGCGUUGUGCUGAGCGCACACUGGAUGUCUUGAGCAUUCGCCCUUUCGUGUGAAAGAGCGAUCAGAACUGCUUGGAAAAAAGGAGAAAAACAAAAAAUCCACCCAAGCCCUUACAAGGUUCACGUUUGGGGGGAGAAAUCCUGUCCCAGUUUCUUCUGCGGUGAGAGGAGGCGACGAUGAUGGGAGGAGGAGGUGGAUGUGGAUGGAGCUGGACUGAGAUCCUAGUUAAGUGGAGAAGAGCCAGACUUACACUUGAGAGCUGUCUUGGAAAUACGGUGGGGGAAAGAUAAUAAUAAACUGAAACGGAUUUGCACGUACAGAUGAGGUGGCGGCAGCGCUUUUUCUCAGUCACCUUAUGUCAUAUGUAGAGAGAAAAAUAAGGCCGAAACUUCAAGAACACUGAAAACUUCCUUUGAAACAGAGACCGAAUGGGAACAGUUUCUGUCAUGAUGUGGUACAGGGGAACUGGAGGGCGAUGGCUUUUGCAAAAAACAGAAAAUACUAAAAAAAAAAAAAAAAAAAAAGUAGUUUUUUUCUUCUUACUCAGAAUCGUGAUGGUGUUGGAUUAUUUCACUGGUGGGGUUUAAUACAGCAUGUUAUCCUGUCUAUCUUUUUAAGAUUUCUGUAAGACUGUUGAACAGUUUAAAAAAAUAGUGUUAGGAUAAUAUAAAAGCAGAUAGAUGGCGCUAUGUUUGAUUCCUACAAAAAUAUCACCAGCUUUUUUUCAUUCUUAACUCUUUAAAGGAUUCAAACGCAACUCAAAUCUGUGCUGGACUUUAAAAGAAUUCAGGACCAAAUUUUUUCUCAGAGUAUGUAUGUGUUUGUUCCUUAUAGCUGUAAAUGAAAAGACUGUUUUUUCUCACCGAUGCUCCAUCCUCGUAUUGUUUUUUUUCCUUGUAAAUGUAAUCGGAUGCCAUUUUAUAAGUGGACGUAUUUAUACUGGCCAAACAUUUUUGACUUGUAUUUCUUUGUCCUUUUUUGGUAGUUCUCGUUGUUACCCGCACCAUUUUUAUGUCUCCUUCACUGAAGGGCUAGAGUUUUAACUUUUAAUUUUUUAUAUUUAAAUGUAGACUUUUGACACUUUUAAAAACAAAAAGAGAAGAGAGAUGAAAACGUUUGAUUAUUUUCUCAGUGUAUUUUUGUAAAAAAUAUAUAAAGGGGGUGUAAAUCGGUGUAAAUCGCUGUUUGGAUUUCCUGAUUUUAACAACAGGGCCGCUGGUUAGUAUCUCACACGCGUGUGCGCGCUCACGCUCACUCACACUCUCACACACCCACGAAUCAGCCCCUACUUUGUCCAUGUUUACACUCCAAUCUGCAGGCAUCUUAAGGUGACAGCACCCCUCCCCGCCAGUGCCCGCUCUGCAGCCCCCUGCCUUCCCGGGGGAGGGGGCGGGAGGGGGCCGGGGGAGCCAGCGGGGAAGGGAAAGACUGAGGCGUAUACACUGUAUGCUACCGUUUUGGGGAGAAACCUAUCCCGAAAUGAAGUAAAGCAACUGGUGCAUUUACACAGAAGGGAUCCUGUACCUUUAACUUGUAAACCACAUCUUUUGCACUUUUUUUAUAAGCAAAAACGUGCCGUUUAAACCACUGGAUCUAUCUAAAUGCCGGUUUGAGUUCGCGACACUAUGUACUGCGUUUUUCAUUCUUGUAUUUGACUAUUUAAUCCUUUCUACUUGUCGCUAAAUAUAAUUGUUUUAGUCUCUUAUGGCAUGAUGAUAGCAUAUGUAUUCAGGUUUAUAGCUGUUGUGUUUAAGAUGAAGAAAGUGAAAACAUCUUUGUACAUUUAAGUCUGUAUUAUAAUAAGCAAAAAAGAAGAUUGUGUGUUUAUGUAUGUUAAUAUAACAUGACAGGCACUAGGACGUCUGCCUAAUGAGGUGGUUCCGUUAAGGGUUUAACUUUUUUUGUUCUUUUUGUUAUUUUUUUGGUCAUCCAUCCUGUGCAAUAUGCUGUGUAGAAUUUUUUUUUUUUUUUUUUGUCUAACGAUCACCCACGACGCAACGUUUGGAAAG